UGUGACGCAAUCACUCCGCGUCUGCGCGGACGAAGAAGCCGAGGAACGUGGAGCCGAGGUAGCAUGGCGGACCCCGCCCAGCCAUCCCCCCAGCCGGUCGGCGGAAAGCGCAAAGGCAAGGCCCAGUUCCUGCCGGCCAAGCGGGCCCGGCGCGGUGACGCAGGCGGGCCGCGGCAGCUGGAGCCCGGCCUGCAGGGCAUCCUCAUCACCUGCAACAUGAACGAGCGCAAGUGCGUGGAAGAGGCCUACAGCUUGCUCAACGAGUAUGGCGACGACAUGUACGGGCCCGAAAAGUUUACAGACAAGGACCAGCAUCUCUCCGGAAGUGAUGGGGAAGACGACGAUGUGGAGACCGCCUUGAAGAAAGAAGUUGGUGACAUUAAAGCUUCUACAGAGAUGAGGCUGAGAAGAUUCCAGUCAAUGGAGAGUGGAGCAAAUAAUGUAGUCUUCAUCAGGACCCUCGGGAUAGAACCGGAGAAAUUAGUGCACCAUAUUCUCCAGGAUAUGUACAAAACCAAAAAAAAGAAGACACGAGUUAUUCUACGAAUGUUGCCCAUCUCAGGCACCUGCAAAGCUUUCUUAGAAGAUAUGAAAAAAUAUGCAGAAACAUUUUUGGAACCCUGGUUUAAGGCCCCAAACAAGGGGACAUUUCAGAUUGUUUACAAAUCUCGAAAUAACAGCCACAUGAAUAGAGAAGAAGUUAUCAAAGAGUUGGCAGGAAUAGUGGGCAGCCUCAACUCAGAAAACAAAGUGGAUCUCACUAAUCCAGAGUACACAGUGGUGGUAGAGAUCAUCAAAGCUGUGUGUUGCCUGAGUGUGGUGAAAGAUUACGUGCUAUUCCGAAAGUACAACCUCCAAGAGGUGGUGAAGAGUGCAAAAGACUCACAGCCUCACCCGAAGCUGGGAAAUGGCAAAGCAGCUACGUUGGAACCUGAUGGCAAGUUGGAUCAAAGUGAUCCCUCAGAAGGAAAAAAUAACCAGCAGGUGGCACCAGAGAGCAGUGAGGAGCUGGGGCAGACAGAGUCAAGGUCUGAAACCCAGGCUGGGAAUGAGGGAGAAGCUAAACCUGAACUUGAAAAUCAAGUGUCAGAAGAACCCAAGGCAAAUGAAAAUGAACUUUCAUAGGUCAUUCUGUGGGGGAGCUGGGUCUCAGCUGGGUUCCAUGUAAAAUUGUGAUAAUAUGUUUUGACUUUUGUGUGCUGCUCAGUGCUGAUGUCACAGUCCCUGUUGACAGUUUUGUUAAAGCCCUUCCAGGCCUGUAUGUCAUUGUGUGCAUUCCCACGUGCUGCUUCCUAGGGGAGUGUGGUAGGAGGAUAGCCUUGGCCUCUGUCUCCUGACUACUUUGUCUAGUUUCCUCUUAAGCACUGCCAGCUGACGUGGAACAGAGCAGUAGCUGAGUGGGAAGUCAGCAGGACAUUCUCAUUCUGAGGAAGGAAUGAACUACCACUCUGCUGCCCUACCCUUUCAUUGUUCACACGGAGAACUGUGGACUGUAUGGGAAUCGCUUUGAUGGUUUGGGUGUGUUUUUUUGUUGUUUGUUUUAAUGUUAAGAGCAAAUCUGAUGGUCCAUUGUUGCAGUUUUUGUAGAGAAGGUGUGGGGUAGGAGAGGACUGUUGUAGGUGUAGACCCAUGGGUAUUUGUGAUACGGUAAGGAAUAAGGAAUUACCGAGUCCCUUCUAUAUACUAGUACAAGAGCAAUGAGAGAAAUCUACUGUACCAGAGUCUCACUGAACUGUCCAAGCUCUCCUGUCACUUUGCCAUGCUUUCAAGAGUUCCUAACAGGCAGAGAUCAAAAGGGUGGAAGUGACCAAUGAGCACUGCAAAAUGAACUAUCCAGGUGGGGACUGUAACAUUAGGCUGGGAAAUGGCUUUGUACUUAAAUCUUAAAACAAGUUAGUUUGAAUGCUAAGGUUCCUGGCACAGGCGGUUAAGUAAAAGCUAGCGACAUGAGAAUAUAUUUCUUCUCACAUAGAGGCUUUCUUGGUAAGCUAGACCAAGAGGAUAUGGGAGAAGCAGAGAGUAAGGAGCACCUUGCUAAUGCAGAGGGGCUGGAGCAUCCUCAGGUGCUUUGACAUGUUAACUCAGGUCUAACAUUGAAACCAUUUUGAAAGGAUGCACCUUUGUGUCAGUUAGGGGUUAAGGAAGGAGAGAAUCUCGGUGCCUUUUUCAGGUUUGCUCCGAGAUAGAGAGACUUUUAAUAGUGUAGGACAAAGGGCCUGGGGAUAAAUUACCGUUUGCUCAGACAUGGAGUUUUGGAGCUUGUCGAAGUUGCUGCAUUUCAGAUUGCUUUAUACUUUUCUUUGGUUGCCUUUUUAUUUAUUUGUGUUUAGUGAGACCUGUGUGUGACCGACUAUUUGCCAGUUGUACAAUGCUGUGUGCUGUUGGAAUCUAAAUACACUUACUGAUUGUUCUUUGCUUUCUGAUUUGCCGGCUUUAUUUUCAGUGUGCUAGUUUACAGGUGGUUCCAGGGUAGGAACUGAGUGGUUAUUUUAAAGCUGCAGCAGUUAAGAUGGAAAAUAAAGAAGUAGAAACCAAAUCCCCGUGCUGUGGCUCAGUGCACCUGCCCCCCUCUACAAAGGAGCUAAUAAGCCUUGUACUGUGAGACACGUUCCUCCAAAGCUGAACACAGUUUUCAGAUAUCUUUACUUGCAUUUUGUUCUUGGUACAGCUGAACUUUUCAGGUUGUUUUCAAAGUUCCUGAUAUUUUAAAAAAUAAAAAUGAAUUUGUUCUGUAAA